GUGUUAACACGUGUGACCUAAGCAGAUUUGUUGUUCUUCUCCAUCUCUCGAGGAUUGGAGUUUUCAUCUCUUUCCCGUCAAAAUUUUCCUCUGAUUCUCCGGAAGCUGAAUCUGAAACACCCAAGGUAUCAUUUUGAAGUUUGAUCAGUUCUUCUAGCCAUCUCCCUGAGUAUAAUAGGGUGAUCAAAAUGGCUGCUUCGGAAACAGUUCUACGUCUUCCAUUGGGAUCUUUGUUUUCAUCUUGUCAUCUACCUUCUUUCUCCCUUAACUCCACUCCCCUCCUCUCGUUUAAACCCUCCUCUAGUAGAAAACGAAGGGGCUUAAGGUGUACCAACACUUUGGCGAGAGGAGACACGUUUCAGAGCCCUGACUGUGUUUUCAAGGGUAAGAAGUUGCAGUCCACGAGAUGCAGAUGCCAAAGAAACGACGUUGAGGAGGACAUCAGAUCCAACUUACUUCCUUCUGACGGGUUGAAAAGCGACUUGGAUGAAAUGCCUCUACCUGUAAAUGGAAAUCUUUCGUCCAAUGGUAGUACUCAAUCAGCUGGAACAAACUCUAUCGAGGACGAAGCUUGGGAUCUCUUGAGGCAGUCUAUUGUUUACUACUGUGGUAGUCCUAUUGGAACUAUCGCUGCUAAUGACCCCAACUCUACAAGCGUGCUGAACUAUGAUCAGGUCUUCAUUCGUGACUUCAUUCCCUCGGGGAUUGCCUUUCUUCUUAAAGGAGAGUAUGACAUUGUCCGCAAUUUUAUCCUUUACACUCUCCAGUUACAGAGUUGGGAGAAAACCAUGGAUUGUCAUAGUCCUGGUCAAGGAUUGAUGCCUGCUAGCUUCAAGGUGAAAACGGUUCCUCUUGAUGGUGAUGAUUCAAUGACAGAGGAAGUCUUAGAUCCUGAUUUUGGGGAAGCGGCAAUUGGACGUGUUGCUCCGGUUGAUUCUGGGCUGUGGUGGAUUAUAUUGUUAAGAGCAUACGGAAAAUGCACAGGCGAUGUGUCCGUACAGGAGAGAGUUGAUGUGCAGACCGGAAUCAAGAUGAUCUUAAAGCUCUGUCUCGCUGAUGGUUUCGAUAUGUUCCCUACUUUACUAGUAACUGAUGGGUCCUGCAUGAUAGACCGUCGAAUGGGUAUCCAUGGUCACCCCCUGGAGAUUCAGGCACUGUUUUACUCAGCUUUGGUAUGUGCACGUGAGAUGCUUACACCAGAGGAUGGAUCAGAUGAUCUAAUCCGAGCUCUCAACAACCGCCUUGUUGCGUUAUCUUUCCACAUCAGGGAAUACUACUGGCUGGACAUGAAAAAGAUAAACGAAAUUUACCGGUACCAGACAGAGGAGUACUCUUACGACGCGGUUAAUAAGUUCAACAUCUAUCCAGAUCAGAUACCUUCGUGGUUAGUGGACUUUAUGCCCAACAGAGGAGGUUAUUUGAUUGGAAACCUUCAGCCAGCUCACAUGGAUUUCAGAUUCUUUUCCUUGGGGAACCUUUGGUCCAUUGUGAGCAGCUUGGCUACUAAUGACCAGUCACAUGCGAUUCUUGAUUUCGUGGAAGCGAAAUGGGCAGAACUUGUGGCAGACAUGCCGUUUAAGAUCUGUUACCCUGCAAUGGAAGGUGAAGAAUGGAGAAUUAUAACCGGAAGUGAUCCAAAGAACACUCCUUGGUCUUAUCACAAUGGAGGUUCCUGGCCAACUUUGUUAUGGCAGCUGACAGUAGCAAGCAUCAAAAUGGGUAGACCAGAGAUUGCAGAGAAGGCGGUUGAGUUAGCUGAGAGACGGAUUGCUAUUGACAAAUGGCCUGAGUACUACGACACCAAAAGGGCAAGAUUCAUUGGCAAACAGGCACGGCUUUACCAGACUUGGUCCAUCGCAGGCUACCUCGUGGCCAAGCUCCUCUUGGCAAAUCCAUCUGCAGCAAAGUUCCUCACCAGUGAAGAGGAUUCUGAUUUGAGAAAUGCCUUCUCUUGCAUGAUCAGCGCCAACCCGAGAAGGACACGAGGACGCAAGAAGACUCAACAACCGUUUAUUGUAUGAAAGCUCACAAAUCUUUUUUUCAAUGUGAGCCAUUGACUAUGUCCUCCUCCACUGUUCUGUCCCUUCCAACAGAAUGAUACAGAAUUCUUGUGUAAAUAGUUUCUUUUUAUCAUAUGCUAAGUAUAGUCAGUGCUUUGAUUU